GCCACAUAGAUAUCUGUCCGAAAUCAGCUCACAUGGAGUUGUACAGUGACACAAGAAGAGUGGAGUGAGGAGCGUGGCCUAUAUACAUACACGCAUAUGCAAAGGAAAGGCACCUGCAUUGAUCUCUCUACCAGACAGACAGAUAGAUGAUCAUGGGGUUUUCCGGCGGCAGCGUCGUUCCUCCAGCUGUGGCGACGGCGAUCCUGCUGCUGCUGGGCCUGGCCGCGGCGGCGUCGGCUCAGCUGUCGGCGACGUUCUACGACGCGUCCUGCCCGAGCGCGCUUGCGACGAUCAAGAGCGCCGUGACGGCGGCGGUGAGCAAGGAGCCACGCAUGGGGGCUUCCCUGCUCAGGCUUCACUUCCACGACUGCUUUGUCCAAGGAUGCGACGCGUCGGUGCUGCUUGCCGACACCGCCAACUUCACCGGUGAGCAGACCGCUUUCCCCAACGCCAACUCCAUCAGAGGCCUCGACGUCAUCGACACCGUCAAGGCGCAGGUCGAGGCCGUCUGCACGCAGAUCGUCUCCUGCGCCGAUAUCCUCGCCGUCGCCGCCCGUGACUCGGUCGUCACGCUAGGAGGGCCGUCGUAUACGGUUCCAUUGGGGAGGAGGGACUCCACCACGGCGAGCCUCUCCCUGGCGAACAACGACCUCCCUCCGCCCACCUCCGACCUUGCCGAUCUCGUCGGCAACUUCUCCAGGAAGGGGCUCAGCACCACCGACAUGGUUGCACUAUCAGGAGCCCACACGAUCGGGCAGGCGGCGUGCACCAACUUCCAGAGCCGAAUCUACGGCGAGUCCAACAUCAAUGCGGCGUACGCGGCGUCACUGCAGGCCAACUGCCCUCAGUCCGGCGGCGACGGCAACUUCGCGCCGCUUGACGUGGCGACCCCCAACGCCUUCGACAAUGCUUACUACGGCAACCUGGUCUCGCAGCAAGGGCUCCUCCACUCCGACCAGCAGCUCCUCAACGGCGGAUCCACCGACGCCCUUGUCAGCACCUACGCGUCCAGUGCCACUCAGUUCAGCGCCGACUUCGCAGCGGCCAUGGUGAGCAUGGGCAAUAUCGGCGUGCUCACGGGCUCUCAAGGGCAGAUCAGGCUCAACUGCGCCAAGGUAAAUUGAGUGAAAGUGACAAAACCCAUAUAUAUAAAUUUGUGGAGCAUUUGCGACUGCCAGUUAGUUGGGAUGGCAACUUUACAAGAAUUGAGUAACAAUGAAAGUCUUUUUUUCCCGAGUAAUAUCAAAGUGAACCAUAUAUA